AUGAUAAAAUAUAGAAAUAGAUUCCACAAGUUCACAGUUUCCAAUAGCAGGGCGUUUUCCAAAUGUUUAGUAAAUGAGUGGAGGCCUACAGCACGCGUGCAGAACUGGUCACACCCACCAAGCAACAUCGCUAUCGCUGAUAAUGAAAUUGGAUAUCUUACGAGUAAACCAACAUAUGAACUUAGCCUGGCAGACCUGUUGAAAUACAGCGACCAGCCGCUAACCGCGGAUGCACUACUCUUGUCUGUCAACUUCACACGUUCUCUUCUUCCAGUGCGACUUGCACAUCGAAUAAAAGCUCUUCGAAACUUACCUUUCAUUGUGGUCACCAAUCCAAGUAUCUCGAAAGUCUACAAUAUAUACCUGCAAUCGCUAGCUAAACUUUUACCAUAUAGCACUCGACUUAUUACCACUAUUGAUGAGGAAAAAACUUUUACUGGUAUUUUAGUAGAUCUUGUUGAGACACACUCCCAUACCAUAUCAACACUAGCUCAAGGAUUCCUUGAAUGUAGAAAAUAUGUCAACGCGAACGAGAUUUCGAACUUUCUUGACGAACAUAUACGUGCAAGAAUUGGCACGAGACUUAUCGCUGAGCAGCAUAUAGCCUUGCAUCAUUUUUCCCACUCAUAUAAAUUGCCGGAUCCAGCUACAAAGCUCGGAGAUUCAUCAUCAAAUUAUAUAGGUGUAUUAGACACAAAUUUAGCACCAGAAUCAACUGUUAACUGCUGUGGAAGCUUUGUUUCCGAGAUAUGCGAGUUGAAUUACGGUGUCCGACCUACUUGGAUUGUUGAGGGAGAUAACUCGACUACUUUUACCUUUGUACCGAUGCAUCUUGAAUAUAUUAUCACAGAGUUAUUGAAAAAUGCAUUUCGUGCAACUGUUGAAUCUGGAAAUUCCAAACAACCGAUCAUUAUUACGAUUGCUACAAAAGAAGAAACCUCCAGCAAUAGAAAAGUGAGACCUUUAACUUUGCAAUCACAAAGUCAAGAAAAACGUGAGCCUGAUAUUGAAUCUCAAGGUGUUCAGCCGGUCUCAGGUAUCACUAUCCGAAUUCGAGACCGAGGUGGCGGAAUUAGCCCUGCGAUUUUGCCCAAAAUCUGGUCUUAUUCUUUUACGACUUUUUCAGAGAAAAGUUUUCCAGAUACUACAGAUAAUUUGAAUGUAUUAGAUGCUUUUUUGAAUCCCAAGAUUAAUAAAAGCCAAAUUGCAGGACUAGGUUAUGGUUUGCCCCUUAGCAGAGCAUAUGCAGAGUAUUUUGGAGGUGGGAUUUCAAUACAGAGUCUCCAUGGUUGGGGGUGCGAUGUAUACUUAAGGUUGAGAGGAUUAGAUUGGCCUAGGGGAAGGGAAGAUUGA